UCUCAAUUUGCUUCAGUUUUUUUUUCAUCUUUGUGGUGAACUUUCUCGUCUCAACAAGAACAAUGGCUGGAAAAGGUGAGGGUCCGGCUAUCGGCAUCGACCUCGGCACAACUUACUCUUGUGUUGGAGUGUGGCAACAUGAUCGUGUUGAGAUUAUAGCCAACGAUCAGGGAAACCGAACUACGCCUUCUUAUGUUGCUUUCACUGACACUGAACGUUUGAUCGGAGAUGCGGCCAAGAACCAGGUUGCAAUGAACCCAAUCAACACCGUCUUCGAUGCGAAGCGUUUGAUUGGUAGAAGAUACAGUGAUUCCUCGGUUCAGAGUGAUAUCAAAUUAUGGCCUUUUAAGGUUAUUGCUGGUCCUGGUGACAAGCCCAUGAUCGUAGUCACUUACAAGGGUGAGGAGAAACAGUUCGCUGCGGAAGAGAUUUCAUCCAUGGUUUUGAUCAAAAUGCGUGAGAUUGCUGAGGCCUACCUCGGUUCUACAAUCAAGAAUGCCGUUGUUACCGUUCCUGCCUACUUCAACGAUUCCCAGCGUCAGGCUACCAAGGAUGCUGGAGUCAUUGCUGGUCUUAAUGUCAUGCGUAUUAUUAACGAACCUACUGCCGCUGCUAUUGCCUAUGGUCUUGACAAGAAGUCUACCAGUGUGGGUGAGAAGAAUGUGCUUAUCUUUGACCUCGGCGGUGGCACUUUCGAUGUCUCCUUACUCACCAUUGAAGAGGGUAUCUUCGAGGUGAAGGCUACUGCUGGAGACACCCAUCUUGGAGGAGAGGACUUUGACAAUAGAAUGGUGAACCAUUUCGUUCAGGAGUUCAAGAGGAAGCACAAGAAGGAUAUUAGUGGCAACCCCAGGGCUCUAAGGAGGCUGAGGACAUCAUGUGAGAGGGCAAAGAGGACUCUCUCAUCCACUGCUCAGACUACCAUUGAGAUUGAUUCCUUGUUUGAGGGUGUUGACUUCUACUCUACCAUUACCCGUGCUAGGUUCGAAGAGCUAAACAUGGAUCUCUUCAGGAAAUGCAUGGAGCCCGUGGAGAAGUGCCUUAGGGAUGCCAAAAUGGACAAAAGCAGUGUUGAUGAUGUGGUGCUCGUCGGUGGGUCGACCAGGAUUCCUAAGGUGCAGCAAUUGUUGCAGGACUUCUUCAAUGGGAAGGAACUUUGUAAGAGCAUUAACCCUGACGAGGCCGUUGCAUACGGAGCUGCUGUCCAGGCUGCAAUUUUGAGUGGUGAGGGAAACGAAAAGGUACAGGAGCUUCUGCUCUUGGACGUGACCCCUCUCUCCCUUGGUUUGGAAACUGCUGGCGGUGUCAUGACUGUUUUGAUUCCAAGAAAUACUACAAUCCCCACCAAGAAGGAACAGGUGUUCUCCACCUACUCGGACAACCAGCCUGGUGUGUUGAUUCAGGUGUACGAGGGUGAGAGAGCCAGAACCAGGGACAACAACCUGCUUGGAAAGUUUGAACUAUCUGGCAUCCCACCGGCCCCCAGAGGCGUACCCCAGAUCACAGUGUGUUUCGAUAUCGAUGCAAACGGUAUUCUUAAUGUCUCUGCCGAAGACAAAACCAGUGGACAGAAGAACAAGAUUACAAUAACCAAUGACAAAGGUAGGUUAUCCAAGGAAGAGAUAGAAAAGAUGGUUCAAGAGGCAGAGAAGUACAAAUCCGAGGACGAGGAGCACAAGAAGAAGGUCGAGUCAAAGAAUGCGUUGGAGAACUAUGCAUACAACAUGAGGAACACUCUGAAAGAUGAGAAAAUCGGAGCCAAGCUAUCCCCCGCCGACAAGAAGAAGAUUGAAGAUGCUAUUGAGCAGGCCAUCCAAUGGCUGGACAGUAACCAGCUAGCCGAGGCUGAUGAAUUUGAGGACAAGAUGAAGGAGUUGGAAAGCAUCUGCAACCCCAUUAUUGCCAAAAUGUACGGCGCUGGUGCUGAAACGGGUGGUGCCAUGGAUGAUGAUGAUGGUCCUUCAGUCGGUGGAACCGGUGCUGGCCCGAAGAUUGAAGAGGUCGAUUAAGAGAAUUUUCUUUCUUGAUGG